GGACUUCGCGUUAGUCCAUGAUGGCUGAAGAUCCUGGCGGUACACUUUUUAAAUUCUCUAUCAUUUUUCUUUCUUUCUCUCUUUUCCUGCUUGCCAUACAGACAUGGCAGGACUCACAGCCCCACUAAGUAUUCACAGAUUAAUCCCCUUAUCGACAUGCCCAAGAAAGGAAACAGAAAACGGCUGAAAUUUAGGGCGGGGGACGUGUGCUCCGAAUCAGUCUCAGUUGCUGAUUACGCCGAUGCUGAUCCAGCCGUAGUGAAGUCUGGAAGAGUGAAGAAGGCUGUUGUCAAUGCUGUGGAAAAAGAAGUGAAAUUCCUGUGUGGUCUGGAGGCUUCUCAGGGCACAGUGGACGAGGUGCUCACAUCCGCUGUCUGUGUGAAUGGAGACGCUCUGGAAAGUGGCGAGGAGCCAGACCUAGAUGAGGAGAAUCAGUCUAAAGCUGCCCACAAGAAGAAAAACAAGAGGAGGAAAGAGAACGGUGAGAGUGGCGAUGGACAGGAGUACCCAGUGGACAUUUGGCUGGUGCUGUCCUCCUACAUUCGUCCUGAAGAUGUUUGCAGAUUCGCUCUGAUCUGUAGAAAUGCCUGGAUUGUCACCUGCACUGCUGCUUUUUGGAGCAGACUUUACAAAAGGCACUACAAUGUGGACGCAGAUUUGCCGCUACGUCUCCAACCUGAUUCUGUGGAGAAGAUGAGAUGUUUACGAGCACGUGUGAUUCGCUCGCUCUUUCAUUUGUAUGAGCCAUUCACAUUACGGGUUUCUCAAGUCCCAUCCCUCCCAGAGACCACGCCCUCAACUCUGCUCAACUCUAAAUGUUUACUAUUCUGGGUCCAAAAGUUAUCAGGGACUCGGCCUGAGCCUCUUUGGGAAUUCAACUUCAAGUUUGUGAAGCAGGGGCAUUAUAAAAAUGGUCGCGCCAAAGUCCUGUGUUUGCCCCAACAAUAUGAAGACGUGCACAGGAACCCAGACUCCGACUGUUACAUGCUCCAAGUCACAACUUUAAACUUCAUCUUCAUCCCUGUCGUCAUGGGGAUGACCCUCACUCUGUUCACACUCAACGUCAGCACGGACAUGCGCCAUCACAGGGUGCGUUUGGUGUUCCAGGACUCUCCUCUGCCCCGGGGCAAGAAGCGGGCAGAGCAGGGGGACACUCAGGUGGUGCUCGACCCUGUUCACAGUGUGCGGCUCAUGGAUUGGUGGCAUCCGCAGUACCCAUUCUCCUCUCAUGGAUAAAACAAAAUCACAAGGCUCCCAUAUUAUGCUUAAACCAGGUUUUAGUUAUAAUCUUGGACAUUAAUGACAUUGCAUUUGUGUUUUAACUUUUUUCAGAUAAAUUAAUAUACAUAUUAUAGGGCUGAGUGAUUGGGAAAGAAUAUUUGAUUGAAGGUUUUCUGUCAAAUGCUGCAGUUGGGUUUGUCAUGUUUUUUAAAUCGACAUGGUGCACUUUUUAAACAUGUCUAGCAGCGCUUACAUUUGAGAAAAUACUUUUUUGUAUUUAGGUGUUAAUAUUUCAAUCUAAUGCAUUUGAGAACAUGUUUGAGGUUAAAACUACAGGGUUAUCAGAUUUUAUUUGCACAGGGGAACCCAAUGAGAGCAUUUGAGCUUUUUUUUUUCAUGGGGGCCUUGUUUAAAAUACAAUACAACCAAAAAAUAUAGUCUGUGUAAAAUAUUAAUGAAUCAUACUAGGCUCCAAUGGAAGAAAUAGAGUUCUAGUUGGGCAUUAAUGACUACUGCCAAUUCAAUUAUUCCUAUAAUCUUUCAGCCCUAAGAUGUAUGAAAAUAGUCUUAUUUUGCUGUACUUUUCACUUUACAUUGCCAGGGUUGUGUCAGUACUCCCUCUACUGGUAACAGUGGGGAUUAACACUGAAAAUCUAUGAUGUAAUUUGGCAUAAUCUGGGAUCUUUCAGAUAGAAACAGCAGUAUUAUUGGUUAAAACAAAAUGGUGCAAAUAUUCUUUCAGUGAAUUCAUCUGUACAUUGUUAAUGUCUUGUAGUGAUUAGGAAAACUUUGUUGUGCUCAACAGCAAGUAGGACACUAUGGACAUAUUAAGGCCCUGGCUACUUAUACAAUAUCAUUACACAACUGCCUUUCUUCUGAGCUAUAUUUCCUGCUAGACUUAACUAUUUCACGAAUGAAGAACAAUUUUAUUAUGUGAAAUUUACACUUCAGGCACAAGAUGGCAGCAAACACUUUGAGGGAAUUAUACAUUUAUGAAGCGAGCCAAUUCAGUGAACUAGAACUAAAUGUAUUUGUGAAGACUCAGAUUAAGUGUCCUCAUUUUUGUUGGCUAAUUACCAUAUAACGCGGUAUAGUUUUAAGAAAAACAUGCUUUUUAAAUUUUUUUGUGAAUCAAUUUAAUCUGGAAACAAACAGAAAAUGGAGUUAAAUAGUUGUAAUUUGAUGUAUUUGUUGCCAGGGUCGUAUCUAAUUUAGAAUCUGUCCAACACAAUUCACUUCUAUAUGUUCUGGUGCUGUCACUUAAUAGUUUAACCUGGUCUGUGAGAGACGACUACUUGAGAAACAUUCUUCAGCUUUAGAGAUUUUAUUUUUAUUUAUCAUGUGUAAAUCUGUUGUAUUAUGUUAAAUUUGUAUACAUUUGUGAAUCAUCUACAUAUCCUAACCUGAGCUUGGCACUGCCUUUAGAUUCAAUCAAAAUAGAUCAGUGGGUCUCAACUAGUGGGCAGAGACACAAAUUGUGUAUUUUGUUGCAUAUUUGAACUCAAGAUAUUUUAAUUCUGUGCUAAUUUCAAGGUGAAUCAUACAAGUCUACCUCCUUACACCAGUUUCUAUAAUCAUUUAAAGGUGCUGCAUGUAACUUUCCCCCUGCUAGUCAUCUGGUGGCAUCACCCGAAUGAAUAUAGAUAAGUUUAAUGCCAUCAUCUCAAGUUACAGAGCACAUAUUUUAAUAUUGUUUUGUCGUGGUUCUUCAAGAUGGAACCCUCCCAUUUACUUGGUACUUGUGACUGGGAUAAAGAGUAUACUGAUUCAUCAAGUCUUCAUUAUAAUGGGGUGUAGACAUAAUUAUGUUGGUUAACCAGAACUAAACCAAGUCUUAAGGAGCUUCACCGAACCAAGAUAAACCAGGACGAAAGCUUAACUGAAUUAGGUCUAAACCAGGACUAAAGCAUAACUGACCUAGAAGUAAACCAGGACUAAAGCAUAACCAGAUUAUGACUGAACCGGGACUAAAGGAUAAGUGGGCUAGGUCUAAACCCGGACUAAAAUGUCCCAGCAACAGUCUGCAUUUACAGUAGCAGGAAUCAAUCAAUCAUCAAUCCAGAACUUGCAUAACCUGUACUGCAACUUGAGAACCUCUGAUCUAUUUUAUUUUUGUUUUUGCAUUUUCUCAUAUAGAUUUAUUUAAUAUAUUUUGUAGCUUUAAUGAAUUAUGUGAACACAGACGGGGCCAAAGAGGCGAUUACCUCAAAUGCAUUCAUAAUAACUAUAAUACUAAUAUCGAAUUCUCAUUUAAAUUCACUUCACUUUGUUUUUCGCCUGCCUUCCACUGCCACCUGUGUCAAUCUUCGAUGCCUACAAGUGUUUCAUGACUUUUGAAUGUAACAAUUAUAUAAUUUCACUACAAUUAUGAUUUUAAUUUGAGCACACCUAAUUGGUCUCUUAAAAUCAAAUUGUACCUGAUUUGAACAUGGUGAAGAAUCAUUUCUGGAGGUGUUGUGAGAUAUUUGGACACUUGUUGCAGCAGAUUUGUUGUGAAUGGAAGUAGAUAACCGAGUCUAGUUUCUAUAUUAGCCAAGACUAGAACUGAUGAAUUCGUGCACUGAAUAAAACCAAACUAGACAUUUACAAGUCUCCUGGAGAGUAUAUUUACAAUUUGUGACAUUUAUUUUUUAUGUUUUCUACUCCAUAACGAUGAUGCCCAGUUAGUAAUUAAAACAAGACACUCUGUUUAAAUGUCCUCUAUAAUAAAUUGACUCCUGCU